UCGCAGCUGGGAGCCAAACUUGAGCGAAAGUCAACGAGAUGCCUGGAAACUGACCGAAAAAACGGAUGGCGGUCGUUUUGACGAUCGUGUCAACCCCCGUUUUUCCUCUCCUAGCGUGGAUCUAGCGAGCGAGAAGGUCCAAACAUUCGGCAAACUGGAGCAUGCUGACAAGAAAGGACACCUUGUGCCUCGUACUGGUUUUUCUAGCGGCAACCUUCAUCUAGACCCCUGAUUGCAUCUGCAGGAAACAUGAGGUUCGGACAGCUUCUGUUGAAGGGCAGCACAUUGGCUGGGAUACCAAAACAAGUGGAGAGGUUCGCCAAGUUCUCCCCUUCGCCUUUGUCCAUGAAGCAGUUCAUUGACUUUGGCUCAGCCAAUGCAUGUGAGAAGACCUCCUUUGUGUUUUUGCGUCAGGAGCUUCCUGUCAGACUGGCCAACAUAAUGAAGGAAAUUGACUUCCUCCCUGACAAGCUCCUUGGCACACCGUCCCUGCAGCUCCUCACCAGCUGGUAUUCACGGAGUCUGCUUGAGCUUGUGGACUUUUUAGAGAAAGACCCAGACGAUAAGCAGGUGCUGACUCAGUUCACACAGACCUUAGUGAACGUGCGCAAUCGGCACAAUGAUGUGGUGCCCACCAUGGCCCAGGGCGUGGUGGAGUACAAGGAGGCAUUUGGGGUGGACCCCGUCACCAACCAGAACGUCCAGUACUUCCUGGACCGCUUUUACAUGAGCCGCAUCUCCACACGCAUGCUCAUGAACCAGCACACAUUAAUCUUCAACGGCAGCGCUAACCCUGCCCAUCCCAAACAUAUUGGCAGCAUCGACCCCACUUGUGAUGUGGUGGAGGUUGUAAAAGAUGCCUAUGAGACCUCAAAAAUGCUCUGCGAGCAAUAUUACCUCAUCUCUCCCGAUAUGGAGAUCACACAAUUCAACUCGAAAAACCCAGGCCAACCUGUCCAUAUUGUCUACGUGCCAUCUCACCUCUAUCACAUGCUGUUUGAGCUCUUCAAGAACGCCAUGAGAGCCACUGUAGAGACCCACGAGUCGAGCCUGACUCUGCCGCCGAUCAAAGUGCAAGUUUCACUGGGCUCAGAGGACCUCACUAUCAAGAUGUCUGAUAAAGGAGGAGGAGUACCUCUGAGGAAGAUUGAGCGUCUGUUUAGCUACAUGUACUCCACUGCCCCCAGCCCUGUGCAUACGGACAAUUCCCGCAAUGCUCCUCUGGCUGGUUUUGGCUACGGCCUUCCCAUCUCCCGUCUGUACGCCCGAUACUUCCAGGGUGAUCUGCAGCUCUACUCCAUGGAGGGCUACGGCACCUCAGCUGUAAUAUACCUGAAGGCCCUGUCCUCGGAGUCGGUGGAAAGGCUUCCUGUCUUCAACAAGUCCGCAUUAAGGCAUUACCAGACAAGCACAGAGGCGGAUGACUGGUGCAUGCCAAGCAAGGAGCCGAAGAACCUGGGCAAGUACGAGAGGAGCCGCUAAUGAAAUGAACUGAUGGAGCCGAGACAGAAUGAAACAAUAGGAACGAAUGAUGAAGAGAUGGAAUGAAGAGGAAGAGGGGUUUGGUUUGUAAUAGGAAAAAUGGGUAAUCUUUUAUUGUAACUGGGAGAGGUUAGAAAAUAUCUUCACGUAGUUGCCAGGGUUGGGCUAUUAUGUAUGUGUGUGAGGUGGACUUUUCUUUCUUGGUCGAGAGAGAAGCUUGAAAAUUGAAUUUCCCCAGAGUUAAAGGCACCCGACAAUACUGAUCAAGUCACAUGGCACCCCUCACAUAAAAUUAGCUAAUUUCAAUUACUGAAAAAGGGAAGAUGAAAAGGGAGAACUGACCUCUGGCCAGCCUCAAGUCAGCUUCACCCAACAGAAUCUAAUUACAUCUGAAAGUCAAUCAAAUGUCACUUCAUAAGCGUCCAUGAACAUUGCCAUACUGUGCGUGUGUGUGUGUGUGUGUGUGUGUGUGUGUGUGUGUGUGUAUGAGUGUGGUGGGUCGUCUAUUUUAUACAUCUAAUCAGUUAAGUAAUAUUUGGCCUUACUCCAAUUCGCUCUUUCAUCAACCCUUUAAUACACUGCGUGCUACCCAAAGUUAUAUUCCUUACAUUCACACCCAUAGAGAACCUGCUGUUUUUACUCCCUCUGGCUACAGGUGAUAUUAAUCCUUUUAAUGAAGGUUUCUUAGAAUAGAAUAGGCAGUAGACUGUGUGCUUUAGUUAGUGUAUUUGUUUUGAACCUGAGACAAAUGAAAUGAAUCUUCAUGGUUUUCAUUUAUUAAGUCUUGUUAACACUCCUUUAAAAAAAAGAAAAAAGAAAAACGAUAAGUCAGAUGAUCUGACGUUAGCUUCUUAUCAGGUAUUACUAAAAAGUAUGUCCGAUAAUUUGACUUUCUACGUUGAGCACUAGAAAUGUGUCAUUGUUUAACGGAAUACAGAAUGUACAUACAGAUUCAUACAUACAUACAGAAUGUAAGUAUAUAUGAAUCUAUGUAUGCAUGUAUGCAUGUAUGUAUGUAUGUAUGUAUGUGAUUGUGUGUGUGUGUGUGUGUGUAUGUUUAAGUACGUAUGGUUCAACUGUGAGUAAUUUAAUGUUUUAUUGAUGAUAUGUUGAUAACCAUUUCCUAGUUUCCUAGUUAUCCAACACAUUGACAUCUAUUUUCUUCCUUUUUAAACAAAACAUGUUAUAUACAGAAGUAUAUCCAACAGGAUAUUUUAAAAAUCUAUUUUCAUAGAUAUGUGAAAAAAAAAUUGCUUGAAACUAAACAGUUUUAAUCUGAAAUGGCAACUAUAUCAUUAAUGUUAUCAUGGUGUUAUCGUUAUUGACAAGCAAGAUGUACUGAUUUCUGCGACUGGGGCCUUCAGUGGUAAUUUGAUAUUCGCGUCACCAUCAUGGGCCAUGUUUCAUCAUGGGCCAUGUUUCAUAAGUACAUUUUAGGUUGCGUACAGGGUUUGACCCCAUCUGUGACCUCUGCAUGUAGAGAAUCAUCUUCAGCGGUUAAGUUGUGUAUUGAAGUGUUUGGCUUCAUGGUGUUGGAUGCUAAUGCUCUGGCAUCAUGGGGAUUUUAUCCAGCGGGGUGGGGGCUGGGGGGGCUGUACAAAAUAUCAUCUAAUGUUUGUUCAACCCAACAUCAAUGGAUGAUUCAUGGACAUGAACUGAUGUCAUAAAAGAGGCCAGUCAAUACCAUUUCCAAGCUUUGUAGAUCUGCCAAAUGAUAUCUUUAAUCACUGAUUCAUACACAUAUUUCAUAUUCUCAUUUUUAAUUCCAGUCAAUAUGUUUGCUUCUGCAAACCACUUUACCAACCCUGUAUUGUAAUAAUGGUUUUGAAUAGUGAUUACCAGGUAUAACUACAUUGAUUUUAUGAUAUGAAUGAACUGACUGAUUUUUUGUUGUUGUUGUUGUUGUUGUUGGGUAAAGUUCAACAGUGUUUGGGACCUGUAGAUAUGCAAUAAUAGAAAUCAACUCUGAAUAGGUCAACAGGGUCAUAUUUCCUUUGCCUUUUGCAGUACUUUUUGCUUUUUGCUACUGUCUCAUCUGAUUAUUCCCUGCAGAUCUGUUAGCCAGUGUUGCAUAGCAAAAUCAUAUGCAAGUGAUUGUGGCAUUAGAUCGUGAUACUUAACUUGAGCUUGACUAAAGGCAAUUUCACUCAGCAGACAUCACAUUCGAGGGCAGAUGUGAAUGCUUCUCGAUUCGUGAAGCUUAGCACUAGGAAGGAACAAGCACACCUCUCAUUUCACCUCACUCAUCACACACAACUUGAUUGCUGUUCUAUUUCUUUUUGACAUACUGUCACAUAAUUAUCACAGAAACAGAUAAAGAAGGUAGUACUUUUUUUUUUUACUUCUCUCUUGUUACCAAUCAUUUCAAUUUCGGAAAACUUGGCAACAGUCGUUACUUAAUAAACAUUUGCAA